AUGACAAGUCGCUACAAACCGGAGCUCAUGAGGUUCAUGGCCUUCACGAACGGCGUGGCGUACAGCAGCGACUACGUCUUCACUAUGAGCGAGCUCCUUAACAUCACACCAGAGCACGUCUGUCGCUGGAUGAACCAGCAGGCUUACGGCGACCCAGAGCCAGAUGAAUCCAUGAAACCUAUUCACCGCCGCUCAAGCACGCUUGAGUUUGCUAAGAAAGCUAUAUCAUCUUUUAUGACGCGAAUAAAUACAACAUGGGAUCCUGUGAACAAACGCGGCAACCCAACACGCUCGGACGCUGUGAACAAGCUGAUCAAGAAGGUGAAAAAAUUUGAGGUACGUCGCGAGGGGGCAGAAUCCAAAGCUCGCCGAGCUGUGGAGUUUGCUGAGUUCUUGAACUUACUGCUUUUAGUUCGGGCUCGAUGGAAAUCGGAUGACUCAUCAUACUUGGUUAGCAGUGUGCUAAAACUGCAGUGGCAUAUUUGCGCCCGGAUUGACGACAUGAUGAAGUUGCAAUUCGCAAACCUCUCACCUAACACACAAUACCCUUCCACACUACUUUUGCAGAUGCGGUGGUCAAAAAAUAUUCACGAAGAGCGAGAUGCUCCAGAGCAGAUCAUUAUUGAUAGCCUGGAUCCCAAGAUGUGUGUACUUCUCAACCUCGCUGUCUUUAUAGAGUCUACGUCAAGUGUCAUGAGCUCUGAGUUUGUGUACGGCAAUCCUAAGGACGGUGAUCAUGUAGUUCGACGAUUCUUGACUAGCAUGGUGAAGAACGACUCAUUUAAGAAGCUCAAGACAGGAAAGCUGGGGACACACAGCCUUCGCAAAGGUGCUGCAACCAACGUUUACAGGUCCAGAGGGGCCGUGCUUUUAUAA